CAUGGCCGCUACAUGCACGUUUGAAAAUUCGCCUCUCGCUGUUCUUGAGACAAGUAUGGGUGUAAUAAGUAUUGAAUUAUACUGGCACCAUGCUCCUCGAACUUGUACAAACUUUGCUGAACUUUGUAAGCGUGGCUACUACAAUAAUUGCAAGUUUCAUCGUGUAAUUAAAGAUUUUAUGAUCCAAGGAGGAGACCCAACUGGAACAGGUAGAGGAGGUGCUUCAAUUUAUGGCCGACAUUUUGCAGACGAAAUCUCCCCUGAGCUAAAACACACAGGAGCUGGUAUUCUCUCAAUGGCUAAUAGCGGUCCUAACACAAAUGGAAGUCAGUUCUUCAUAACAUUGGCACCUACACAGUGGCUAGAUGGUAAACAUACAAUAUUCGGCAGAGUUUACGGUGGUAUUAGUGUGGUCAACAGAAUGGGUAUGGUAGAAACUGACACGAAUGAUAGACCUCUGGAUGACGUUAGGAUUCUCAACUCGUAUACUUCCACACUGUAAUCAACUCGUAAAGAUGACAGAUUCUUUUUGCACCAACUGCUGCAUUGUGGAGGGAAACUUUACUCAUGCAAGAGCAUACCGAACACUGAAUGAAUGCAUUCUAAACUUAUUUCAUAGUGAAACAUUUUUUUUAUUAUCUUGUAAAACAAGUACAGAAAUCUUUUGUAGGAAGAACUUACAUGCACACUUGAAGCUUUUUUUCACAAUAUUGAAAAUGACA